AGCGUUAAAGUAGAAACUAUGCAAAGUAAUGAACCUGGUUCAAUAGAAAAUCAAAACAAACUACAUAAAUGUUCUUCUACUCAAACAGAACAACAUUCCAAUUCAACUUCUAGUGACUCUAGCACUAAAAUGACCACAGAUAAUAAAGUAUUAAAAGAAGAGACUGUAUGGAAUAUUAACAAUAAUGAAGAAGGCAAGAGUAUAGCUGACCAAGUUAAAGAGGUGGCUCAGAGUGCUCUUCAGCAAUCUGGAAUGGUGUAUGUUGAAUCAGCCGGCAUGUAUUAUGAUUAUAAGACUGGAUACUAUUAUAAUUCAGAGCUAGGCCUAUACUACCACACAGACACAGGAUGUUACUACUACUACUCAGAAGAUAAAAAGGAAUUUGUCUUCCACUCUUACCCUGACCAAAGUGCACUGGCUGCAAAUGCAUCUUUGAUCGCUCACAAUAAGAGAAAGGCUAGAAAACAUAAGAAGGCCGGGAAGACAGAAGAAGACAUAGAUGAAUUAACCAAGAAUCUUUCUCAGGUCUCACUUCGAGGCCAUACCGCCUUAGAUACUGUAGCCAAACACCACCCUCCGUGCAUGCGCAUCAUUGUGCGCGAAACAAACCUAUCCAAACUGAAAGUAGGCAGUCUGUUCCUCGUCACUAAGGAUGGAGGCACCAUCGGCAGAGAGGGGAAUCAGCAUACUAUACUUUUGAAAGAACAAAAUGUGUCGAGAAAUCAUUUGGACAUUAAAUACGACAUGGAGCGUCGUAUGUAUAUGGCGACAGACCUCGGCUCGAAAAACGGAACGCUACUCAACGGUUUGCAGAUGUCACAGAGUCAGGUCGUCAGUGACCCUAUGGAAAUUGUGCAUGGCAGUAUAAUACAACUAGGGGAAACCAAGUUGCUCUGUCACAUACAUCCGGGGAACGACACGUGUGGACAUUGCGAACCCGGACUGCUUAUGGAAACACAAGAAAAAGAAAAGGCAGCCUACACCAGGACAUGCAGCGUUCAAAAACAGCAUCAACUCGAACUAGCUCGUUUGAAGAACAAAUAUGCGCCCGAGCCACUCAUGAUCGAAGAAGGGACAUACAACGAUCGCGCUAAGGCGCGAAGGGAAACUGUGGGAUCUACGCACCAUUCCGAGAAAACACAGAGCACAGAUGUUGAAACGUCCAUAGCUCCGGAGAACAAAGGUUUCAAACUUCUGGAGAAGAUGGGCUGGUCGAAGGGAGAAGGACUCGGCAAGGAUAGUCAGGGAGAUACAGAACCCAUACCUCUAGUAGGCAAUGAAGGAACGGUAGGUCUAGGUAUGCCGGGCGCAGCUGCCCCGCCACAGCCAACACCGCCCAAGAAGCAUAAUAAAUUCGGAGCUGGUACCCUUCGAUUCGCAACCAGAUCGAAGUUGUUGCAACCACCAGCUAAAGCUUUCCAGAAUCCUUUAGGAGAUGAUGACGACGAUGAAUGAAUGUUCUGUUUCUUCAAUGACCAUUUUUAAAAAGGGUGUGAUGGAGUAGCAGUAUAAGCUCUUGGGACAAAAUAUGCUUAAUUAUACCAAGCCCUCCAAAGAUGUUGGCACCUAAAGUUUUAUUGUUACCUAAAAAAAUAUGAAUUACGCUGAUUUUGCUUAGCAAUAAAACUGAGACUAAAUAAGAUAUGAAAAUACCGAUUAAAGGGGGUUGAAGAUGAUCUUAUCCCAUAUGUUAAUAAUUCAAUUUCGCAAAAAAUGUCUAUUACGUUAAUUAUGAUAAGUUGGACAGAAAUCUGAUACGCUAAAAUGUAACAUU